AUGGAUAAGUUCAUAAUACGUACUCCGAUACAAACUCAUCAGGCUACGAGGAAUGAACAACCUGUUCCAGUUCCAUCGACAUCUGUUGAGAGUUACAAUGGUAGUAAAACCAUAACGUCUAGUGGAAAGAAGGGCAGACAGUUUCGUGACACGUGGAGUGUCACUUAUCCAUGGAUAACAUAUGACAGUACACUCGAUAAAAUUUUUUGUACUAUUUGCAAAACAGCAGCCGCAUUGAAGCUGCCAAUAGCAUCGACUGGAAUAAAUUCGCAGAGAGUCUUAUCAACUUACGUUACAGAAGGUUUCAACUCGUGGGGUAAAGCGUUAGAGAGAUUCAAGGAUCACGAAAAGUCAGAAUUUCACAGACAUUCGGCGCUAUCAUUGAGACAGAACGAUCAAGGCGUAAACGUCGCAAAUAUGUUGUCAAAGUCUAAAUUGAAAGACAUGACCGAUGCAAGAAAAUGUCUUCUCACAAUAUUUUCCACUAUUAAAUACUUGACUGUUCAGGGUAUUGCUAUCAGAGGACACUUCGAUAGUACAUCAAACUUCAAUAAUCUGCUUCAUUUAAGAGCUAACGAUAUUCCAGAACUGCAGUCUUGGUUGGGCAGAACAGGAUAUAAAUGGUUAUCUCAUGAUAUUUCGAAUGAAGUAAUGUCCAUUUUAUCGAAUGCUGUUCAGAGAAUUAUUCAUGACCGUGUCCGUUCGCAAGAAUUUUUUUCAAUAAUUGCUGACGAAACAUCAGACAUUUCAGUGAGCGAACAAAUGUCUUUCUGCUUGAGAAGCGUGAAUGCUUCCUUGGAAGUUGAAGAAUAUUUCAUCGGUGUGCACGAGACUGAAUCCACAACUGCAGAUGUUCUCUAUAACAUGAUUAGAGAUGUUUUAUUACGUUGUCGAUUGGAGAUUGGCAAUUGUCGCGGACAGUGCUACGACGGCGCAGCGAAUAUGAGUGGAUGUGUCAAUGGUGUUCAAAAAAAAAUUCUUCUCGAUGAGCCACGUGCUAUAUAUGUGCACUGUCACGCUCAUAGAGUGAAUCUAGUCGUUCAAGAUUCCUUCCAGAAAAUCUUGCAUGUCCGUGAUUUCCUCUCUGAUAUAAAGGACAUUAUCACUUUCAUUCGAGAUUCUCCGAAAAGACUCAGCCAUUUCAAGCUAUUUCAAGGCUCAGAUAAAUCUCCAGCUCUUCGCCCAUUUUGUCCCACUCGCUGGUGUGUGAGAGUUGAAUCUUUGAAGAGUUUCUUAAAAAAUUACGAGAAUAUAAGUGAAUUCCUGGAACAGCAGAAAUUGCAGCCAAGCGAUGGAGGAUCAAAAGCUAGCGGAUUCCUCAACAAAAUUUCGGAUUUCGGAUUUUACUUCCUUCUUAAGUCUAUAAUACUUAUAUUCGAAAGAAUAGAGACAUUGAACACGAUCCUGCAAGGACAAGCACUUGAUUUUAAUAAAGCAACCAAACAAGUAGGAACUGUAAAAACGUCUUUGCUGUCGAUUCGCAAUGAAGGCAGGUAUGAUGAAUUGUGGAACAAUGUUACAACAGAGUCUGAGCAAUUGGAUUUGAACGAACCAAUAUUGCCCAAAAGAAGGAAGGUCUCAAGGAAAGUAGAUGACAUGAGACAAACCGAACACAAUUUUGACGAUGUUAAACAAUUUUACCGCCAGAUGUACUAUGAAAUUAUUGACAUGGCAGUGACUAGCUUGACGACAAGAUUUGAGGAGGAUACAUUGAAACAUCUCAGAAAAGUUGAGGCAUUUGCGCUGGACAAAGCGGAAAAUGCAAAUUAUGUGACAUCCUUUUAUAAAGAAGACUUCGAUGGCGAUAGACUGGCCCUUCAUAGAAACAUGUUCUUGGAUAUUACAUCACAGCGAAAUGUCGAAAUUGAAUCUAUACAGGAUAUAGUGACAUAUCUGAGGAGUCAUAGCGAGCUUUAUGAUAUUUUACCUGAAUAUUUAAAAUUCAUAAAGUUGUUGCUGGUAAUACCAGUCUCAUCAUGUACGGCCGAAAGAUCUUUCUCAUCAUUGAGAAGAUUGAAAUCAUUUUUAAGAUCAACAAUGAGCCAGAAGAGAUUAAAUGAUGUAAUGAUACUGAAUGUUCAUGGCGACAUGGUGGAAAAUCUCGAUUUGGAACAACUCUGCAAUGAGUUCAUCAAACGGUCCUCUGUUAGGAUGAAUUCUUUCUCCUUGUUCGAUCCUAGAGAAAAAUGA